CCCCCACGCCACACACCUCGCAGCCAACUCCCAGCUCGCUUUCCUCCAACAAACCGCUCUGCCGCCAUCGACCCCAUCCCUAGCCAUGGUCAAGAUUUGCGAGGACGAGCAGGCCAUGAGCCUUCUCCGCCUCCGCUGACGUCACCUCCGUCGACGGCCUCCAGGCUACGACCACAUCGCACGACCUCAGGGCCCGCUGGCCGCCGGCGCCGCCGAGCGAGGUGAGAGCGCGGCGGGGUGUGCUGCCUCUGGGCUAGGCGAGGCCAUGGCGGGGUGAGGCCAGCUGGUGCGAAGGAUCUCGCGAAUGACAAGCGAGAGCCGGAGGGCCCCUCGCCGGAGGUUGAUGAUGAGCCGCCAUGAUCGGCGACAGUGAAGCAGGAGGCAAAGUGGCGCUGGGGUCAGAGGGGUCCCGCCCAUUCACCGUGCCAGAGCUCCAUGGUGAGCUCAAGGAGGACGGCGAGACGGUAGCCGGUAGCAGCAGCGCAGGGUCCCCUAAUGUCGAUGGCUCGUCCUACAGGAAGAUCGAAUUGAGAAACUUGGGUACAAAAUGGCUGAUACUUUAUGGUAUUCUGAUUGAGGAACUAAUGGGCAUCCAAAGGGUGUAGACAUAAGCCAUACUUUCAUCAUUCAGUCCCUUGCAAAAAUUGCCAUGAAAAUAGCCACAAUGAUGAUGGUAUAUGAUAUCAGGAUCCAAGUACUCUUGUAUUACAGUUCCCCCUAUGAAAGUUUUACCUACACAUGGCACCCCUGUGCCUUAUCGGAGGGAUCUCUUCAUACAUGGCUAUCUUGAUGGCCGGAGGUUGCCAUGUCCUGGUACUGAAUUUGAUGCCAAAACAAUCUUUGAUGCCAUCAAGGAUCAAGGAGUGACUUCUUUCAUCACUGUCCCUACGAUCAUGGCUGGCCUACUGUCCUGUGAUAGGAUUGGAGUGUGUUGUGUUUGAAUAACCUGAUGUGAUCGGUGAUCCAUGUUAGAGUUCCGGGCUUCAGGCAAAGACAAAUUGCACAAGGUUAACUAAGGUAAUGGCUCUUUGACAUUUUUCCACUAGGGUGCAUGCAGUUGCAGGACCUCUGAAUGUGAGUCUUCUUAUUGCGGUGGUUCCUUAAACUCCACUUGCAUUACCUCUCCAUCUUUAGACAAAUUACUCUAUUUUAGCAGGAGUACAGAACAUGGGCGAAGCAUGCAGAUUAAAGAAAAAUAGAUGUCCAGACUAUUCACAAUGAUGUUGCAGAUUAAUACAUGUUGGCUGAUAAUGAUGGUUCUGUACUAAACAGCUAGAACCUAUAUUUUUGUUCUUACAGUAAUGGUGAGCCUUCCAAACUCUAGAACCGAGAAACUGGGCACCAAAUGUGGACCUCAAGUUAGUUGCCAAUAAGACCGAGAUUCAGGUAGUAAGAAGGAACUGACAACUUACCCCCUUGCCAUGUCUCUAUGUAACAGCAGCUGACAAAUGCUAUGGUUGAGCCAUAAGAGGCAUGUCUCCCUCUUCACUUAGAUCUUUUUAAUGUUUAGAAGAUAUACAGAAGUUGUGAUAUUUUUUGCCUAUGCUUAUGUAAUUAACAAAACAACUACAAUUUAUUACUCUUUAUGAUUAAUUUUAAAUGUAUGUAAUUCUCUGCUUGAUUACCAAUGCUGCAAUGGACAUAAUCACCAUUUCCAUUUGAUUUGCAUUGCUUAAUUCUAUGUUUGAGCGUAUCAGCUGAGCGCGAGCUUAGCAUUGCUUCACUUAUCGUGAUAAUAUUUCUUCUCUUGCAAUGAACAACUAUGAUCAUAGCCAGAUGCUUUUCCUUAUGUCUAUCAGAGCAAGCACAUUAUUUAGCCAGGAGAAUUGAUGGACCUUUAUAAACUUUUUUUUGUCAUUCUAUUAUGAAUGUUUGAAAAUAUGAACGACUAUUGAAUUAAAAUUUAUCAUUGAGUACAAAAGAGGACGGAAAUGUAGUAUAUAUAAAAACUAGGCCAUGAAAAUCCAAAACACGUUUAAAUUUAAAAUUAUUGUUAUAUCAUUAUGUGAGCAUGCAAUGUCGCGCUCUAUGUGACUAAGUUAGUUUUAUAAACUUUAUUUUUUGAAUUAAAUGUUAUUUUAAUGUUGGUAUUUAAUUUUAGAGUAUUAUUAUUUUUUCAUGUGAUCUGUAUGUUUUUAGUACAAAAUGUUAGCUAUCUCGUAGCAACGCACGGGCACGCUUCCUAGUCACGAACUAAAUAAGGUGGAGAACUUAAAGAAAGUAGACAACUAUAAAAAUAUUGUAAAUCUUUUGUGUAUUUGAGAAAAAGCAAAGGCAAAAUCAUUGUCGCUAUUAACAGGCACCUCAAUCAUCAUAAUCUUCGAUAGCAAGUUUUAGCUAGUUUUCUGCCAUCCAAAAACCACAAGUCUUCUUUCUUUGAGAUGAGAUAAUGCGCUAAUAACGUAUGGCUAGUUUUCGGACAACUGGAUGUGCGUGUGGCUGCAGUGUGGGACCGAGUAAAUCCCAAUCUCUUGCGCUCGCACACAACGGCUUCCCGCCGCCGGAUCAAUCAGAUGCAGAUGCUAAAGCUAAUGCUACUCUCCCCCCGGCCCCCACCCGCCGCCGCCCACCUCCGCGCAGCUGCGCCCACCAGGACGCCACUGCUCCUCACGCGCAGGCCGGCCGGUCCUCCUCCAGCUUCCGCCUCCGCCUCAGCUGAGUUCCCGGGAUCCGUUCCAGACAGCGCUCAGAUGCCGCCCCGACGGCGGCGGCGCCGGAGCGUGGCCGGCAUCGACCAGGACGAGCUCCUCGACCCCGACGCGCUUGCCGACCCCGACAGCAGCUUCUACGAGAUCAACGGCGUGAGGCUGCACCACAAGGUUUGCAGCCACGAGGAUGAGGAUGAGGUUGAGGACUCGUCCAGCGACCAACCCUCGAGUAGCACCACUGCCUCAGACGCUGUCCGGAACAGCCAGAUUGGCCUGCCCAUACUGCUGCUGCACGGCUUCGGCGCGUCAGUCUUCUCCUGGAGCCGUGUGAUGCGGCCUCUCGCCCGCAUUGUCCGUGCCAAGGUUCUGGCGUUCGACCGGCCGGCGUUUGGACUGACAUCCCGGGCCAGCUGGUCUGCUGAUGACACCAAGCCUCUCAACCCGUACUCCAUGGCGUUCUCGGUCAUGGCUACGUUGGCGUUCAUCGACUACCUUGGCGCUGAGAAGGCCAUACUUGUUGGGCACUCAGCUGGCUGCCUUGUAGCAGUGGAUGCGUACUUUGACGCACCGGAACGGGUGGCUGCUCUUGUGUUAGUUGCACCGGCUAUAUUUGCACCCAGGAAGGUGGUGAAAGAGGACCAGUCAGGGGAACAAGGAGGGCAGCAAACACAGAACGUUCCCAAUGAUGAAAAUUCGCCUCCAAAUUUGUUUGCUAGGAUUUGGGGACGAUUUCUUCAGCUAUGGAAGCACAUUGCAGGGCUUGUUUUCAAGAUGAUCACAGCAAUACAAGAUGUGGUUCGGUCUUUCUGUCUUAAAGGUCUCGUCGCUUUUCUUCGGUCAUCAUUGGGUGCAGCACUGGUAAGGUGGGUGAUGGAUAAAUUUGGUGUAUUGGGUGUCCGGAACGCAUGGUAUGACCCAAGCAAAGUAACUGAUCAUGUCAUACAAGGUUACACAAAGCCUCUAAAAUCCAAGGGUUGGGAGACAGCUCUUCUGGAGCACACCAUAUCCAUGAUCAUAGAUUCUGCAUCUGCAUCAAGAGCACCAGUUUCAAAGAGGCUUUCUGAGAUCUCAUGCCCAGUGCUAGUGGUGACAGGUGACACUGACCGCAUCGUUCCUGCUUGGAAUGCUGAGCGUGUAGCACGCGCUAUACCUGGAGCAACGUUUGAGGUGAUCAAGAGUUGCGGUCACUUGCCCCAGGAGGAAAGACCUGAGGAAUUCCUCUCUGUCGUUGAAAAAUUUCUACGGACAAUGUUUGCAAAUCCAAAUGAACAAGUAUUUCAAGCAGCUGUAUGACGAGUUUUGUAUGAUAUCUACAUGCAAACACGGAGUCACAGACUGGAGAUAAGAAGAAAAAUUGUAGUAACACAAGAGAACAGUUAUAGAUUGGCAGCUCUUAAUUGUGGACAAUUUAGGGUUCUAAUUGGAACUCUAUUGCAUUGUUCAUUUGUAGAUGACAUUUGAUAGAACUGGUACCAUAUAGAGAAUAACUGAACUGUAUCAACCUCCCUUCAAUCAUUCUUGUGAAUGUAGUUGGAAAUGUACAUUAUAUCUCUCUUGAUUAAGCGAUUUUAUUGGUUUGUUCCUCUACUA